AUGACAUCAACUGAAGAAAUUAUUUCAUUAUACAAGAAUGAUAAGAAUCAAUUAUAUAAUAGUUCAACUAUAACAACAAUAUUGGAUUAUAUUGAAAAAGUACCAAUCUCUACAACAUCAGACUCAUCAAAAGGUGAUGCUGUUAUUACUUUAGUAAAUAUAUUAUGUGAAGUCGUAAAGGAUAAUGUGGACUUGGUUAUUCCUCUUUUGAAACAAUACUAUGGUUGUAUUUUAUAUCUUUUAAAGGAAACCUCUGGUACAGUUCAAACACCACCAGCAAUACCCAGCAGUCCAAAUAGAUCGUCAGUGUUGAGCGGUUCACCGAAUCCUUCCAACAUGAUUGAAGUUGCAAAUGCCACUGUAUACACCAUGUUUGGUACCAUAUCAUUCUUAUUCCCAACCAACAAUACACUAUUAUCACAAUCGAUACCUUUUGUAUUGGAAAUCGGUAAACAGAAUGCACAAAUUCAAUCGAUUGUAUUUUCAUCUCUUUCAUCGGAAGCAAUCAAUCAAGCAUCCGUUUUAGCACCUUAUGUAAAUGAUUUAAUUAAAUAUUCAUCGAAAUAUCCAAAUUAUUUAUCUAUUCUAAGUGGAUUAAUUCAAUACAAUCCAAAAGAUUUUGAAAAUAAUCUUGGUUUUUUAAUAACAGAGUUUGAAGAUAAAUCGGAAUCCAAAGCAUCGGUACUAUCGAUUUUCUCGGAAGUUGCCAAACACAAUCCAUACUCGAUUAUACCAUAUAUUGUACAAUUAAAGUCAUGUUUACAACAACAAUCUUUGUGCACUCUUUAUGGAAUCAUUUUGAAAUCGGUUGUCUCUAAAUAUCCAUCUGCCAUUACACCUAUUUUCAGUGAUAUCUUGGAGUCAAUUUCAAAUAUUACUUCUUCAAAAUAUUCAUUGGUUCAAAUCAUUGGUAUGUGUGGACCAGAGAAAACAGAACAAUCAUUAGAAUAUCUAUUUCAACUUUUAAAUAAUCAGAAUAAUUUACCACCAGACACUAUUGUUUCUAUAUUGAAAGGAAUGAAAUCAAUUCAAAAAACAUCACCCAAUCUGUUUAACAACCCACAACUAUUCAGUAAAUAUCUACAAUCCAAUAACUAUACAGAGUUUAUCACCACAUUGGCACAGGAUUUAAUUGAUCAAAUCAAAGAGUCAUCCACCACCACCACCAAAAAGCAAUCAUAUUGUCGACCUCUUUCCGAUAGUCUAUUAGAAUCAAUCGAUAAUCAGCGCCCACAAGUUGCAAAAGAAUUAGAGUCUAUCAGUCAAUACGAUGCCAUUAGGGAUCAUUUACUUACCAAAUAUCAGCUAAUUUUCGAUGUAUUACAGUUGAUUCCAAUUCCAAGUGGUACAACCGGUGACAUGCUAUUCUUUAAAUUUGGAAAUGAUCGUAUAGAACUACCGGUAUCAAGUCAUUUAGAUUUUUGGAAAUCAAUAGAUUUCCUUCAGUCCAUUGUCAGACUAGAUAGAUUCUUGGAACCAAAUCAACAAUUAUCAUGGGAUAAUCAAUCGGACCAAUCAAUUAUUCGAUCACCCAUACCAUCAUCCGAUACAAUCAAACAAGUUUAUAAUAAUUUAAAUCAAAUAUUUGAACAACAUUUAAAUAAUAAUAGUAAUAAUAGUAAUAAUAAUGUAUCAUCAAAUUUAGCAAAUACUAUUAGUAAUAAUAAUAAUAAUGAAUCAAUUGUUACAAGCUCACCAAAUAUUGAAACUACAACUACAACAACUACAACUACUACUUCAAAUAAUAAUAUGUCAUCAAAUAAUCAACCUCAAAAUAUAAUAUUUGAAGGAUAUUUAGAUAAACAAUCGAAAUAUUUGAAAAGAUAUGAUACCCUUUGGUUUACAUUGACUGUUGAUCACCUAUCUGGUAAUCAAGCAAAGAAGGAAAAGGAUAGCUCACCACCAGUAUCACCUACCAGCGACGAUGAAACCAGUGUACGUAUUCCAUUGACAGAGAUAUUGGAAAUUAAAGAAGGUGAAAGAAGUACUGGUCAUUUCACAAUCAAACGUGUCAAAGAUAAAGGAGCUGCUGAUCAACUUUCAGAAUUGAAAUCAUUCUAUAUAGUAACACCAAAGAGAAAGUAUCUUAUGAAAGCACCCACUCAACAAGACCAACAUAAUUGGAUUCAAAAACUAAAACAUCAAUUACAAAUAUUAAAUAAUCCAAAUGAUUUAAUUAAUAACAAUAUUAAUAAUGAUAAUAAUAAUAAUACCACCACCAAUAACAAUAAUAAUAAUAAGAAACCAAACAAAAAAUUAAAUUUCAAAUUAUCUCAAUACUUUGGAGGUAAACAAAAGAAAUAA